AUGCCUGUCCCAUCAACAACUCUAUUAAAUUCAAAUAAUGACUCCAGAAACAAAAUAAUAAGGGGCUUAAAAUGUUCACAAAAGAGUGAUUACAAACCAAAUAUUGACGUUGAUACAGAUAUCAUUACCUUGCCAAGAUUCAUUUUAGAAAAUCAAAAAAUGCACGCAAAUGCAAAGGGGGACUUCUCUCAAGUGUUAAAUGCAUUACAAUUUGCCUUUAAAUUUAUUUCACAGACUAUUAGAAAAGCCGAAUUGAUCAACCUAAUCGGUAUAACAGGUGACAGAAAUUCCACUGGUGAUCAACAGAAAAAACUAGAUGUCUUAGGUGAUGAAAUCUUCAUUAAUGCAAUGAAAUCAAGCGGAAUAAUUAGAUGCAUUGUUUCCGAAGAACAAGAAGAACUAAUCAUCUUAGAAGGUAACGACUCGAAAUAUGCUAUCUGUUGCGAUCCAAUUGAUGGUUCUUCAAAUCUAGAUGCAGGUGUCUCUGUCGGUACUAUUGUAUCUAUCUUCAGAAUGUUACCAGGUUCUCAAGGUACAACAAGUGAUGUACUACGCCACGGAUGGGAAAUGUGCGGUGCAUGCUAUGCCAUGUAUGGUUCAUCCACUCAUUUAAUGUUGACCAUGGGUGACGGUGUCGACGGAUUCACGUUGGAUAAUAAUUUAGGAGAAUUCAUCUUAACUUAUCCAAAUUUGAAAAUACCCGAACAUCGUCCAAUUUAUUCAAUUAAUGAAGGUAACUCAUAUCAUUGGUCUCCAAAAAUCAAAUCCUUUAUCGAGACUUUAAAGUAUCCACAGAAAGAUGAAGUAGAGUGGAAGACAAUAGGGCCAUAUUCUGCAAGAUAUGUAGGUUCCAUGGUAGCUGAUGUUCAUCGUACUUUCCUGUACGGUGGGCUAUUCUCUUAUCCUGGUGAUAAAAAAAAUCCUAAUGGUAAAUUAAGAUUACUAUAUGAAGCGUUUCCUAUGGCAAUGUUGGUUGAACAGGCAGGCGGUCUUGCUGUAAACGACAAGGGAGAAAGAAUCCUGGACUUAAAACCAACGCAUAUUCAUGACAGAACUUCAAUUUGGAUCGGUUCUCCAAGAGAAGUUAACAAAUAUUUGGCUCAUAUCGGUAAAAACUAA